GGACCUUCCUGCUGUCAAGCUGGAAGAGCAACACUGGCCGGGGGAUUAUGGUGGUCCAAUGUUCCUUAUGCCAGGCUUGGUACUUCCUUGAACAUAACAGUAAAAUGUCAAACUUGCUUGCUUUAUUUGGAUACACAUUGCUCAACCGCAUUCUGUGUCUAAUCUUGUCAUAUGCUUUAUAGGAAAUUGUCUUGUCUCGUAUUUGUGUGUAAGCACGAAUAUGGAUUCUUUCUAAAAUGGAAACUGUGACAGGAAUAUCAUCUUUGGAUUAUGUGGAAACAUAUUUUCCACGUUUCUUGUCCUAAAUGAAAGCUACUCAUUGUCUUUUCCCCUUGAGAUUAUAACCUUGUAUGUGACUGGAGCACUGAACACUGUCUUAUCAUCAGAACAUCAGAUUGAGAUCCGCCGGUAUCUCUAUAAUCAUCAGGCAAGGUUUCAGUUCUAAAUUUUGUCACCCAUAAUUUGGGUAAAAAUUACACUAUUUUUUACUGGAAGCAUAGAACGGAGAUGGAGGCUGGGGUUUGCACAUUGAGGGACCAAGCACCAUGUUUGGUUCAGCCUUGACCUAUGUCAGUUUGAGAUUGCUUGGAGAGGGAACAGAUAGUGGAUAUGGAGCUAUGGAGAAAGGUCGAAAUUGGAUUCUAGACCAUGGAGGAGCAACGUUUGUAACAUCAUGGGGAAAAUUUUGGCUCUCGGUACUUGGUGUAUUUGAUUGGUCUGGUAACAACCCAGUGCCACCAGAAGCAUGGUUGCUACCAUAUUGCCUGCCAUUUCAUCCAGGGCGAAUGUGGUGUCACUGUCGAAUGGUGUAUUUGCCAAUGUGUUACAUUUAUGGAAAGAGAUUUGUCGGACAAGUUACGCCACUUGUUUUGGAAUUGAGAAAGGAACUUUACAAAGGCCCCUAUAAUGAGAUUGAUUGGGACAAGACUCGCAAUCAAUGUGCUAAGUUUACAACUUUCUGGUGCCGAAACAGCAGACGCAGGAAUCAGCGGGUAAAAGUGCACAUAGAGUGGGCAUAUCAGCACAUCUCCAAAUGACCUGAAACUUUCGGGGAAGGAUUCUCUGAAGAAAUAAUGAAGGCACCCAAAAGUGGAGCCAGAGGGGGCCCACCAGGCUCCCAGGCGGCCUCUGGGCGCGGCCACCUCCUAGGUCACGUCGGGUGGCCGCCUGGGAGGGGGGUCCCACCUUCGGGGCUCUCCUUUGGCCUGUAUGUUCCCCGUGACCUAAAACCCCCAGAACAGAAGUUGGAUCGGGAGUUCCGCCGCCGCUCCGAGGCGGAAACCACCAAAGAAGAAAAGACCUUUCCGGCAGGCAUAUUCCGCGGAGGAGAACUCCUCCCGGAGGGGGGGAUCGUCAUCACCAUCAUCAUCAUCAUCACAGCAUCAUCGAGAUCAUCAUCACCAUCACCCUCAUCAUCAGCACCAUCUCCAUCACCAUCCCAUCUCAUCUCACCAUUGCAAUCUGAGUAGUAACUUGCACUAUUCAUCCCCUCUACUUUACCGGUGUUGAUUACUCCUUUGUGGUGAAUGCUAUUAGGUUUUGUUGGAGGAUUUGUGUUAUGACCAGAUUGUUCGUCAUCUAUUUAGCACCUCUGAUCAUGAUCUCUUUUA